AUGGAUGAGGAAAACAUGACGAAAAGCGAGGAGCAACAACCUCUGAGUUUGCAGAAAGCCUUACAACAGUGCGAGUUGGUACAAAACAUGAUAGACUUGAGUAUCUCCAACCUGGAAGGGCUUAGGACCAAAUGUGCCACCUCCAACGACCUCACACAGAAAGAGAUCCGGACCCUGGAGAGCAAGCUGGUGAGUUACUUCAGCCGGCAGCUGUCCUACAAAAAGAAGGUGUCCCUACAGGAGCGCAAUGCCGAGCUAGACGGCUUCCCCCAGCUCCGGCACUGGUUCCGGAUUGUCGACGUGCGCAAGGAAGUCCUGGAGGAAAUCUCCCCUGGCCAGCUGAGCCUGGAGGACCUCCUGGAGAUGACAGAUGAGCAGGUGUGUGAGACGGUGGAGAAAUAUGGAGCCAACCAGGAGGAGUGUGCCCGGCUCAAUGCCUCUCUCUCCUGUCUCAGGAACGUGCACAUGUCAGGAGGCAACCUCUCCAAGCAAGACUGGACCAUCCAGUGGCCCACCACGGAGACCGGGAAGGAGAACAACCCCGUGUGUCCCCCGGAGCCCACCUCAUGGGUCCGCACCCACCUCUCCCAGAGCCCCAGGGUCCAGACCAAGUGUGGCCAGCACUUCUGUCACACCAGCCCCACGCCUGGGGCCCCUGUGUACACGCAUGUGGACAGGCUCACUGUGGACCCCUACCCAGGCUUGUGCCCACCACCACCCCUGGAGUCGGGCCACCGCUCCCUGCCCCCCUCGCCCCGGCAGCGGCACGCAGUGCGCACCCCGCCGCGGACGCCCAACAUCGUGACCACGGUCACCCCGCCUGGCACGCCACCGAUGAGGAGGAAGAACAAGCUGAAGCCCCCGGGGACCCCACCGCCCUCCUCCCGCAAGCUAAUCCACCUGAUUCCGGGGUUCACGGCGCUGCACCGAAGCAAAUCCCACGAGUUCCAGCUGGGUCACCGCGUGGACGAGGCCCACACGCCCAAGUGA